AACAAAGCUCACUAAACGCUCGUUUAUGUGCGUUUCUUUGGGGUGGAGGGUGGCUGGGACGAUGGAGACCGACUGUACAGAUUGAUUCGCCUCUAAUUCACAUUUACCGACUUUAUAAAGCGCUAACGGGAGGAUUCGCGGUUCUCUUUGGACCUUCACUGCAAGUUAGCCGACCUGUUUUCGCGUGCCAUGUGGAAGUAAACCUUCACAGGAGAUGCCAUUCGCCACACAGAUGCCAGAUACGCCACCCGAGGCCAAAGAUGUCAAACAGAUCAAGGAGAAGUUGGCGCAGUCGCUCAAGGCCCUGCAGAAGAGAUACGUAGCGUCGGACGCAGUGGUCACCAGUGACGACCGGGAUGCGAACCUCCUCUGCUGUGCCCUGGAGGCCAUCUUCAUCCACGGUAUCAAGAGCAAGUACAUCCGCUUGGAGGCUGGGGGCCGGAGUAGGAAGGGGGACCGAGGAGCCCUCCCAGAGCCUUUCUUCUGGAGCCUCCUCAAGACCAUCACCCACCGUGAUGUGGUCAAAGAGCUGGAGAAGAUCAGCUUCGUGGGCACGGACGUGGGUCGCUGCCGAGCCUGGCUGCGGCUGGCCCUCAACCACGGCCUGCUCGAGUGCUACCUGGCGUCGCUGUUCCGCGAGGGCUCCAAGCUGCGGGCCUACUACCAGCCCAGUGCCUUGCUCCUGAACACAGAGGAGCGGGAAGUCCUGCUCAGCUACCUCCAGGGUCUGGCCUCGCUUACAUUCAGCCUCUCCUACAAGUCAGCCGUCCUCAACAUAUGGACCACCACACCUCUGGCUCUCGCCGGACUCUGCCCCUUGUCCCAAGCGGACACGAUUGAGCUGCCCCUCAACGGCGGAGACCUCCCCAACUCUAAGCCCACGUUGAAAGAAUCGUGGGAUACCGUGUCUCAGUCGUCGAGCUCCUCAGAUGCACAGGAUAUGCAGAGAGGCUGCCCGGUGAUGCUGACGGGGAAAGGGACAAGUGUAUUACAAGGGGGAAGUACUGCACUCAACUCGUCUAAUUUAAGCCUGGACACUACGGGCUCCUCCCAGCUCUCCUCCAGCUUGAGCUCCGACAGCCUCCUGCAGGGGCAGGACCCCCGUAGCCCGACAGGAGAGCCGUGGUCUUCAAGUGACCUGGACACGCCCAUUAAUGUCACCGUCAGCACCAAGAAGCCACAGAAGGAUUCUCAAACCGAGUUCAGGGAGAGUGGCCACUGCAGUCAGGACUCCACGCGUGAAGACUCCUUCGUCUCCAGCGCGGGGGCAGAUCAGUACUCGGAGACGGCGGUUUUCAGUGGCUCCGACAGCGAGACCCAGGGGCCCCCGACAUCAUCCCAAGUCCCAAACUCUGUGCUGGCUGAUUCAGAGCCACCGGCAACACCCGAUGAGAACCGCGUUAACACCUCUCCCCCGGAAGUGUGUAUCGAUACCGCCUCUGAAUUCCACUUGGACACAGACAGGUUUUCUACGCUCAGUGAGCCCAUGGAGCCUGGAGAUGAAGUACAUACCACCGGUGUUCAGGAGAGUCCGGAGCCUCUCCAGGUGGAGAAUGAAGCUGAGCCUUCAGUUCAUCACGGCUCACGUUGCUCCAUCAGCAUCCUGAGCAAGAAGUUGUCCUCAGAUUCUCUAUCGCAUUCUCGUUCCUGGAUCUCUGAGGAUGACAUCUACAAGCCACACCUGGAGGAGGUGUCUGACCCCGAUGAGGCGCCUCCCCCUGCCGAGCUCAAGGUCUCUCAGUCACCGCCCAGCGUCGUCCAUCGCAGGCAAAUAGGGCUGUCCAACCCUUUCCGCGGCUUGCUGAAGCUCGGCCACCUGGAGCGCCGCGGCGCGAUGGGGAUGUGGCGCGAUCAUUACUGUGAGCUGUCGCCCUUCGAGUUCCGUCUGUAUCUCAACGCAGAGGAGCGCACGUGCUGCGACAACUGCUUCCUGGUGCGAUGCGAGGACGCCCGCGUCGCCUCGCCCGACGGACGCUUCGAGGUGGCCUUCCCCGGCAAGCGGCUCUACCUCCGGGCGGCGAACCGCGGCGAAGCCGAGGACUGGGUGGACCGGAUACUCGAGGCCGUCAUCAAAUGCCGCCCGGCGCCUCACAUGGACGAGCAGUGGGAGGUGCUGCAACCCCCUUGCGAGAACGGCGUGGAGGCGUCGUCCUCCGUCCCUGCCAGUCCGGAGCGAGGUCCGUCAUCCCCGGACGCCGCCGGGCAGGAGGCUCCUCCUCCUGCCCUGCAGGAAUUGGACUGGACUCGGACUGCGGAUUUGGAAAAUGACGCAAUCAAAGAAGCGGUUCUGUACUUCUCCACGGAUCCAGAGGCUCGGACGUGGGCGCCGAUGGUCUUCUCCCUCUCCCUGGAGGCUUUGAAAGUGUUUCAGGUCCAAGAGGGAAGGAAGCUGCUGCGGCAAACGCUCCCCGUUGAGGAGAUCCGGGACGUGGUGCCGGACGUGUCUCAGGGAGGGCCGGCCUUUUUCAAACUCCUGACGGUCAGGGAGACGCUGAGGGUCAGGGCAGAGAACCCAGAGGAGGCUCGCUCCUGGAGGGUUUUGAUCCGAGGAGCUCUGGACUCGUACCUGGAGAGUGGGGAGGACGAAGGCUCCGUGGAGCCGGGGGUGGUCUGCCCCGCUAAAACUGGUAAUCUCCACAGAUUGGUGAAGCACCGACUCAAAGAGGACGGAGCACUUCUCGUGCAUCUGUGCACGGUUCCCUCGGAGAAGGGUCUGGACGCUCAGAGCUUCAAGUGUGCAGGGUGUCCUCAGCCGAUCGGCCCGUCCCUGGGCAGAGCCAGGCUGUGUGAGUUCUCGGGCCAGUACUACUGUGACUCCUGUCACCACGGCGACACCACCGUCAUCCCCUCACGCAUGGUGCACAACUGGGACCUCGCACAACGAGAGGUGUCUAAGAAGGCCCUCCAUCUGCUGGCUCAGGUGGAGCAGGAGCCUCUGCUGAACCUGGAGCAGCUGAAUCCCGAUCUGGUGACGCACGUCGAGUCCAUGGCUCAGGCACACAACCUGCGGAAGAGGCUCCGCCUGCUGGGCGACUACCUGCUCACCUGCCGCAGUGGAGCCUGCAAGAAACUCCAAGCCAGAAUGGAGCAGCGAACGUACCUGCUGGAGUCGAGUCAUCUGUACAGUGUCAUGGACCUACGACAGAUAGCAGAAGAUCAAUACGUAACCUACCUGAUCACGCUGCUGCAAGUCGCCUCCAACCACGUGUUCCACUGCGACCUGUGCACUCAGCGGGGCUUCAUCUGUCAGAUAUGCCACGCUAAUGACAUCAUCUUCCCCUUUCAGCUCAACAUCACCACCAGGUGUAAAGAUUGUAAAGCUGUGUUUCACCUGGCCUGCAAGGCGGACGGGGUCUCGUGUCCUCGCUGUCAGCGGAUGAAGAAAUACCUGGAAAGUUAUCCUCACUUCUGAGACGCACGGGCCCGACUAACACCGCCGCGUCUCUCGGGAAGCUGACGGGAUGAAAAAAUAACGGGAAAUCUAGCUUUUACCUGAAGUAAACCUCAAGUGCAAUUAUGAGCGUGUGCGUUACAGCGGCUCGACCCUCGCACUAACAUCGAGGCGCAUCGAGCCUCGCGACGCUGACGCAAAGCAGCCAAAUGUUACUGUCCUCUCUGAAUUCAGACUCGGCCACGGCAUCAAACGGAGGACUCGACUCCGGUGACGGCUGCUGCCAAGAAUCUCAUUGUAUCUAUCGUUCAUCAUAUUCACCGGAAAUGCUCCACAAGACAUUCUGCGCUUCAGACGCACAUGUGUGACCCUAGAGAGCAGGUUGGUUGGGUCCUGAACAUGCACAAUAUCUAAAGCAGCACUUGAAAUAUUCUAAUCAACAUAUUUUUGACUGUGCCUUCUUUUUAAUUUGAGCGUGACAGUCUUUUCCACUUGGUGUUGUGUUUAACACGGGGGCCGAAAAGCCUCACACUGGGAGCUUUCUUUUUAUUUCACUUUCACCAGAUACGGAUUUUGCACAUUGAAAUCCAAAUCGAGUCAAAGAGAAGACUUUGUGGAAUGUCUCUCACAGGUGCUGAAGAAAAUAUAUAUACAUAUUGCCAAAAAAAAUAACAAUUAUAUUUUGCAUUGAUCCUAAAGUCUAAACACAUUUUGCACGUAUCAGCGGUGACUGUUAAACUCAUGGUUCACCUAGAUUUUAGUUGCAAUAUACAGUUACCACUUCAACUAAAAAAAAAAAUCUUCUCUUGAAUAUUUGACUCUGAUGAACUCGCAGAAGCAAUGCAUAAAGAUUUGCCGAAAACUGCAGAGAACAAAUAAAUUCAUUGAUGGUUUAAUGAAGUUUAUUUCUAUAUAUGCAGAACAUAUCACUUGCAAGUGGCAAACCACAGAAAACGUUUAUUCCUGGUUUGUCUUUUGCUUUCAUCUCAUUUAUAAUGUAUAAAUGACCAUUUUUAAUAAAUGUCACUGUGUUACUUGA